AUGGAGGAGACUGCAAUCAUGAAGAUACCUGGGAACGAGAUAAGCAAACUUGAGAAGUUUGAUGGGUCAUUUUUCAAACGUUGGAAAGGGAAGAUGUAUUUCUUCCUCACUGCUUUGAAACUUGCUCAUGUCUUAAACGAAGAGAAGCCAGUUGCACCGACACUGACAAACACCAUUGCAGCGCCAGAAGUGGGAGCAAGACGACUUCAUAAUGAUGAUAUGUUAAUCUUUGAUACUAAUACAAGCACUGUUUUGGAGACAAAGGCUUUCCUAUCUUCGUGUUUUGAUAUGAAAGAUAUAGGUGAAGCAAAUUCGAACCAAGCUGCCGGAGCUGACCAUAGACUGGAGCCUGGGUACCCACUGAUCAUUGGAGGAAUCAAUAUCCCCUAUGAGAGAGGCUGUGAAGCUCAUUCCGAUAGUGAUGUGUUGCUUCACUGCGUGGUCGAUGCAAUUUUAGGUGCCUGUUGUGCCUUGGGGCUUCCGGAUAUCGGGCAAAUCUUCCCUAAUAACGACCCUAAAUGGAAGGGUGCAGCAUCUUGUGUGUUCAUAAAAGAAGCUGUGAGUUUAUUUUCAAUUUUCUAUUUGCUGAUUUAG